AUGUUCAAACGAGACGAGCUUCCUCUUGAAACUAGUUUUGGUGUCUCCGAAACGACAGCCAAAGUUUCCAAGAUCAACGAGCUCAUUGAACACUAUACGGAAUCGAUUUUGAAAUUGAAAAACGAAAUUAUGGAAUUACAAAAUUUCACAGCACAGUCAAGGAUAUUAAACGCACAAUUUACCGACGAUUUUCAAUAUAUACUCCUUUAUAAACAAAUGUUAAGUGCCGAAGUAAGUAAACUCAAAUCUAUGAAUCCUUACGCUUCAGCAGGCAUUAUUCCACAGCAGCCGGCACCGCAGUACCAGACUGAUGUGAGUUGCGCUGCAUGUCCGGCUCCUCCUAUGCCACAGCAACCUCAAUAUCAAGAUUACCAAAAUAACAGACAAAACGUAACGACAUCAGAUUUCCCUUAUACGAUUGAAUCGACAAAUCCAUUUUUCAACAAAAAUACAGUAGUAAUUCGCUAUCUCAUUGAUGUAAGAUCUGUCAUAUGCGCAGUCCAGUUUGAUCCUACUGGUCGCUUCUUUGCAUUCUCUAGUCCUCGAAAUCUACAUAUUGUUGAUGUUAAUGAUGGUUCUCUGUUCUGUUCAGCGGAAAUUUGUUCAAAUCUUCCAAGGGCUGAAUGUCAUAGUAGAGAUCUUAAAUUUUCACCGGACGGAACGAUGAUAGCCGUAGCUAUCGCUCCCUCGUCAAUUGGUAUCUUUUCUCUUCAAACUCAGACGAUAGUGAAUACUCUUGAUGGACAUGUGAAAAAUGUUUCAUCGUUACUCUUUACAGCAGAUUCAUCGCGCCUCAUAUCAGGUGGCUCCGAUGGAAUUAUAUGUAUUUGGGAUAUGAAAACUAUGAAAUUAAUCAAAAGUAUUUCAAAUGGAACAAUAGAUCAAGAUGCACAGACCAACAAAGAUGGUGCAAUUGCUUCUAUAGUUUCCGGUCCAGGCGGAGCCUAUUUCGCCGUUGGAUUCUCAAAUGGCAAUGUUGGUAUUUUUGAUAGGAAUUUUGACCAUCAAAUUUUUACAUUCCAAGCCCAUAACGAGAUGAUCCUUUCUCUUUCUAUUACUCUAAAAGGAGAAUUGGUCACUGCUUCCGGUGACAAAACACUUAAAGUUUGGCAAAUUACAAAUUCUGGUGCCCAAUUCAAGCGAACUAUUGAAGGACACACGAAUUUCGUAACAUGUGCAUGCACCUCAUAUACAAGCAAUGUUCUGAUCUCAGGAUCUAAGGACGAAACAAUCAGGGCUUGUAAUUAUGAAAAGAACACUCAUUUGUUCACAGCAAAAGUCCACACGAACACUGUUUUGGGCAUCGCACAUCAUCCAAAAGAGAAUAUGUUUGUUACUUCUUCAGGUGAUGGCUUUGUAAUUGCUUGGUCUUACAGACUUCCACCAACAUUUUAA